GAACUUUGAGGCGACGUAGAAGCAGCAUUAGUUUCUUAUGAAAUAACAGUACAACAGUUUUAUAAAUUUAUAUAGCUUUAAUAUUUACUUUAAAUUUCUUUACAAAUAGACAUGGCGCCCGCUUUUGACGACGCUCUAAUUACAAAACACACAGUACACCCUGGCAGAGAAUACGUACCACUCAAACCAGGCACCCGAGUCAAAUUUCACUUUCAGACCAAAAGAAUUGACGAUGGCUCCACAUUGGACGACAGCCGAAAAAUGGGCCAACCAAUGGAAUUGGUGCUCGGUAAGAAAUUUAAAUUGGAGGUUUGGGAAGUCAUAGUACAAAAGAUGGCACUCAACGAAGUUGCCAAAUUUACAGUGCACAAAACGUUGGUCACCCAAUAUCCUUUCAUAUCGAAAACAUUACGAGACGUGUCUAAGAACGUAGAAGAGCGCCGACACUGUUGCGGUAUGACCCUACAAAACGAAGGUAUUGGCUAUAAAGAUCUCGAUGAGUUGCUCUCCAAACCAAGUGAUUUGGAAUUCAUCAUCGAGUUAUUUUCUAUCGAGCAACCAGAAGAUUAUGAAAAGGAGCGUUGGCAAAUGAACGACGAAGAAAAGAUGAAUGCACAAGAGGCAUUGCGUGAAAAGGGCAAUAAUUUUUACAAAGAAAGAAAUUAUAAAGAAGCAGAAGAGUGUUACCGCAAAGCUGUCGGCAUGAUUGAGCAGCUUAUGACAAAAGAAAAACCACACGAUGUGGAGUGGUUGGCUUUAGCCGCUAUCAAAGUGCCAUUACUAUUGAAUUAUGCACAAUGUCGUCUAUUAGAUCGUGAUUACUAUGCGGUUAUAGAGCAUUGCACUGAAGUGCUGGAUUUAGAUAAAGACAAUGUUAAAGCACUGUUCCGACGUGCUAAAGCACAUGCUGGAGCUUGGAAUCCAACAGAGGCACGUAGUGAUUUUCUUAAAGCAGCCGAACUAGAUCCAACAUUGAAAGCAGCCGUAAAUAAAGAACUACAAGCAAUCGACGCGGAGCAACGUAAACGUGAUGCUGAGGAUAAAUUGCGCCUACAAAACCUUUUUUAAUUUCUAUAAGUAGGUAAAUAAUUUUUGUGCAAUACACGAAUGUGAAUGUCCACGUUGUUUACUGUUGUGGUGUUGCUGUAUUUGACAGCUCUUAUUAAUUAAAUGGAAUAUUCACUAGGUUACUAAUGUCUCUAGUGUACUAAGCUGGUAUUGCACACAAAAUACUGCUCCUGUUUUACAUGUAAAAUGAAUCUAGAUGAGUUGUAGAUAUUAGUACUUGAUAUUUUAUUUCAAAAAGUAAUUGAAACAUACACGAGUAUUAUGUGUAUAAAUAUAUAUAUAUAUAUAUUAUUGUAAUUAGUACUUAUAUCAACUAAACUGAGGAACUAUAUAUAAAUAAAUAAAUGUAUGUAAUUAUUUUACUCUUCUAUUCUCUUAUUAAUUUAUAUUAAACAGUAAACUUUGAAUAUUAAUAUUUUUAAAUUAGUAUCUUACAACAAUUAGAAAAUACAAGACACAUCUUGUAGUUUAUAAUAUAUAAUAUUUAUUAUAUUUACACCACACACGUCUUAAUCAUAACAAAAACUUAAUUCAAAUUACACUUUCGACCAUAAUCGAAACUAGACUGUUGGAUCAAGGUCCUAUAACAACAAAUAUAACGAUUUUACACCUGAGAAAAGAAAAUAUUGCUUUUCCAGAUUAGAACGUUUUGCCAGAAUGGCGUUAACGUUUUUGUGAGAAAAUAAUUAGCGACUAGCAUUUUCUUAACCACACUACAUACGCGUCAGCCGCCCACUACCUCCACCAGGCGCACCUUCCGCUUCACCACGCUGCUUACCAUCAUCUGUGCGCCAAAUGAAAGGCUCCAAACGAUCUUCAACAUCGAGAAAAUUAUUUAUGGCUUCCAAAUUUGCAAUAUUGUCAUGCAGCAAAGAGUUACAACGACUCAGUUGUUGUGAUAUAGUACGCACCUUGGAGAAUUGCUCGGCAUAAGCAGCAUACGUUUUCUGCAUAUCCACAAACGAAGCAAACAAUGUUGUAAUGGAAUUGCUAACCACCUUUGUACGUUCAACAAGAUGAUUUUGCUCUUGUGUUACUUGUGUGGCGCAUAGAUUUAAAUGUGUUUGCAUGCGACUACAAAUAUUCACUAAAUGUUGCGCAUUUAAACGCUCCAACACUUCCUGAUCACGUGUAAAAGCUGCUGUUGUUAUAGAAUCACGUAAUACAGGCAGGAAUUGUGGAAUGUUACGCAAACGUGUCAAAUCUGCAUCAGCAUCGUAGUCUGCGUCACGCGCGCCUGGCUUAACUAUCACUAUUGUGCCCGAAGUGGAUUGUGGACGUUUUGGUGUAGCGCCCGUGCCAAAAGACUUGCGUAUACCUGCACUACGAUUUAUACUGUUCGCUUGUUGGUGUCGACUAUGCGGUUUGUUGCGAAUUUUCGGUGAGUCACCUAUAGGACGAUCCGUAUAAGAAACGUAAGGCAAGUCAGAGCAUACACUCAGUGGUGGCGAAGGUGGUCGACUAAGCUCUACAGACGUAGUGGGAGAUGCAGUUGCUGUUACUGUCUCAACGAUAUGUUUACUGCCACGAUUGGAGCCAGCGCUGCUUGUGCUUUGUCGACCACUACGUCGUUUUGUGCUACCAGUGGGUGUGGCACUAUGUGAUUGCCUUGCAUUGCCAAGUGUGAUUUUUAAAUCGCCUUCAAAAAUUUCUCGUCCAUCUGCCUCAGCUCGUUGCUGGGAAUGCUCAGCGCCCAUGUUACUCUAUGUUUGUGUAGUUAUAAACUGUACAGCGAUUCGUCAAAUAACUUUGUUCUAUUGAUUUUUCAGUUUGUGAUUGAUGCAAUCUAGAUGUAAUACUUCGAAUUUUAAUCGUACUCUUGUUAAAUGUUAAAAGAAUUUGAAGCAAAAUUAUGUUGUUUAUAUUUAUUUUACUAGCACAAAACUAUUAUUUGUUUAAGUAUUUUUAUCUGCUACAAAUUCGCUCUCAGAACAACAAUCAGCAAAACAACAACAAAUACGAACAAUUGUUUUUGUUGUUUUUACGUGUCAGCUGUUGGUUAUGGGGAGGUUCAGAGUACUUCUUACAAUAAUAAAAUCAAUCAUUUCAAUUAUAAUUUUUCUGACGAAAAUAAAAUAAGUUAUUAUGUAUUGAAUUCAUAGCGUUUAUUACAAAAUUUGUUAUAUGUUUUCCUCGAACUUUGAUGCAAUAUUUUAAUUGCUCACAUAUGUGUAUAUGCAAUAUAAGAGUUUUCGGUUAACUCUUACUAUUGUGAAUGCACCCCGAAUCAGCUGCUUGAAUCUUUCUAUUUCCGACAUGAUUUCAAUUUUAAAAUUUGAAUUUUAAAAGCGUUAAAAUUUAUAUAUAAUAUUUAGUGUGUGUGUUUUCUAAAACUUGGUGAUGGUGGUAUUUUAAUUGUUAAAUUUUUGUUGAAAUGUAAAAAGACUACUUUUAUUAUAAGCAGAGAGAAAAAUUCGCAUAUAUAAUUUAUUUCAAUAGAGUUCAGUAGAGUUUUUCCCAAUUUCAUACAUAAUGCUGUGAGUUUGAGAAUAAAGCGAUUGUGACAUGUUUAAGCUAACAUUUACCGAUAAAUAAUAUAAAUAUGUAAAUAAAUGUGGCAAUUCGGUUGUAAAUUUAAUAUUGAGCUUACUUAAAUAUAAAUGUGUGUUGUGCUCAUAAAGCGAUAAAAUUAAGUGUAUUAUGUAAACUUAUGGCGUAAGUUUUGGUUUUUUUUGUAGCCGUAAAAAAUUAUCGGACUUCAGCUUAAGGUGUUGAAAUUUCAAUAAAUAUUCGCUAAUAUAGUUUUAAGCAAAACUAUACAUAAUAACAAAAUUGAAAAAAUUAGCCUUAAGCAAUGCCGAUUACUUCAACAAU